AGAACUGGCAGUCUGCAGCCUUCGCGGCGGCCAAGUGCAACGAGCUAGGAGGCCGCGGGGGCGGAGCGGCGAGAGCGGCCGCCUGGAGAACUGCGGCAGCGGCGGGCGAGAUCCACACCCCCGGCCGGCCCGGCCCGCGAACUAGCCCCGAGCAGGGCGUCCAUGGGGCGCCGCCUCCACCUGGCCCCGACCCCGACCGUGACCCCAGCCUGCGGCGCACGCCUGUCCUGACGUGGACUUGGGAUUUCUGGAGAGGAUCGCGCGGCCCAGAGAGGUGUUGGAGAGCACCAUGGCUGAGCAACUCCUACCUCUGGCUUUGUAUUUGAGCAACAUGCGGAAAGCUGUGAAGAUAAGAGAGAGGACGCCAGAAGAUAUUUUUAAACCUACCAAUGGAAUCAUUCACCAUUUUAAAUCCAUGCACCGACACACACUGGAAAUGUUCAGAACUUGCCAGUUUUGUCCCCAGUUUCGGGAGAUCAUCCACAACGCUCUCAUUGACAGAAACCUCCAGGCCUCCCUGGAAAGCCAGAAGAAACUCAACUGGUGUCGUGAAGUCAGGAAGCUCGUGGCCCUGAAAACAAAUGGUGACGGAAACUGCCUCAUGCAUGCUGCUUCCCAGUACAUGUGGGGUGUUCAGGACACAGACUUGGUCCUGAGGAAGGCGCUCUUCAGCACCCUCAAGGAGACAGACACACGCAACUUCAAAUUCCGCUGGCAGCUGGAGUCCCUUAAGUCUCAGGAAUUCGUGGAAACGGGGCUUUGCUAUGAUACUCGGAAUUGGACUGAUGAAUGGGACAACCUCGUCAAAAUGGCAUCCACGGACACACCAGUGGCCCGCAGUGGACUUCAGUAUAAUUCACUGGAAGAAAUACACAUAUUUGUCCUUUGCAACAUCCUCAGAAGACCUAUCAUUGUCAUUUCAGACAAAAUGCUGAGAAGUUUGGAAUCAGGUUCCAAUUUUGCUCCUUUGAAGGUGGGCGGUAUUUACUUGCCUCUCCAUUGGCCUGCCCAGGAAUGCUACAGAUACCCCAUCGUUCUCGGCUACGACAGCCAACACUUUGUACCCCUGGUGACCAUGAAGGACAGUGGACCUGAAAUCCGAGCUGUGCCACUUGUUAACAGAGAGCGAGGCAGAUUCGAAGACCUAAAAGUCCACUUUUUGACAGAUCCUGAAAAUGAGAUGAAGGAAAAGCUCCUGAAAGAGUACUUGAUGGUGAUAGAAAUCCCUGUUCAAGGCUGGGACCACGGCACCACCCAUCUAAUUAAUGCUGCAAAGCUGGAUGAGGCUAACUUACCCAAAGAAAUAAACCUGGUAGAGGAUUACUUUGAACUUGUGCAGCACGAGUACAAGAAGUGGCAGGAAAACAGUGAGCGCGGGCGGAGAGACACGCAUGCCCAGAAUCCUUUGGAACCUUCCAUCCCCCAGCUUUCUCUCAUGGACAUCAAAUGUGAGACGCCCAACUGCCCUUUCUUCAUGUCCGUAAACACCCAGCCUUUGUGCCAUGAGUGCUCGGAGAGGCGGCAAAAGAACCAGACCAAAGCCCCGAAGCCCAGCUCUAAGCCGUGCCCUGAGGCGCUCCCCGGCCUGGUGCGCGGGGCCUCCCGGGGGGAGCCCUGGAGCCCCGAGGAGCCCUCCGGGGGCCCCCACUCCGCCCCUCCGACGGCACCCAGCCUUUUCCUAUUCAGCGAGACCACGGCCAUGAAGUGCCGGAGCCCCGGCUGUCCCUUCACCCUCAACGUGCAGCAUAACGGCUUCUGCGAGCGAUGCCACAACGCCCGGCAGCUUCCCGCGGGCCACCCCUCGGACCCCACGCAGCAUCUCGAUCCCGGCAAGUGCCAAGCCUGCCUCCAGAACGUCACCAGGACAUUUAACGGGAUCUGCAGCGCUUGCUUUAAAAGGACUACGGCCGAGCCCAGUCCGAACCUCAGCUCCAGCGGCCCCCUGUCCUGCCACCAGCGCUCCAAGUCUGACCCCUCGCAGCUCGCGCAGAGCCUCUCCCCGCACGCCUGCCGCAGAGCCGGGCCCGAGGCUCCCUCCGGCCGCCGCUCCCCAGCCGCACGGACUCCAGGGGACAGGUCGGGGACGAGCAAGUGCAGGAAAGCUGGCUGCAUGUACUUUGGGACUCCAGAGAACAAAGGCUUUUGCACACUGUGUUUCAUCGAGUACAGAGAAAACAAACACUUUGUCACUUCCUCUGGGAAAGCCAGUCCCACGGCCUCCAGGUUCCAGAAUGCUGUCCCCUGCCUCGGCAGGGAAUGUGGCGCCCUCGGGAGCACUGUGUUUGAAGGAUACUGUCAGAAGUGUUUCAUUGAAGCUCAGAAUCAGAGAUUUCAUGAAGCAAAAAGGACUGAAGAGCAGCUGAGGUCAAGUCAGUGCAGAGACUUGCCCCGAGCCACCCAGAGCACCUCCAGGUCCAAGUGCUCGCGGGCCACCUGCAGGAACGUGCUGGCCUGCUGCAGCCAGGAGCUGUGCAUGGAGUGCCAACACCUCAGCCAGCGAGUGGGCGCCGGCGCCCGGAGGCCCGAGCCCGUCCCCGAGGAGCCCCCCACGCAGCGCUGCCGGGCCCCUGCGUGCGACCACUUUGGCAACGCCAAGUGCAAUGGCUACUGCAAUGAAUGCUUUCAGUUCAAGCAGAUGUACGGCUAACCCGACCCAGGGGGCCCGGCCCGGCCCGGCCCGGAGGGGUCUGGAGCCUUAGCCAGCGUGGUGCUGUGCUCUCAGCGCCCCGGUGCCACCCGAGGGUCCGGCCCUGCACGGCAGGCCCAGGGUGUCUCUGAGCGGAGGAGGAAAGAAGCUCUUGCUCACCGGCCUGGAAUCGGAGCAGAGUGUGUGACUGGCCGCACGUGAUGUGGGGUUCAGCCUGGGGCUCCUCCUCUUCCCCUGCCAAGGAGGAGGCCAGGAACCUCUUGGACUCGGAAUGUGUGCUCGGACUGCUGUGUCAUCUUUCAGGAAAAGGGAAAAGACACCCGGUCAGGCGGGCUGGGAAACCCAGAGUCAGUCCCCCUGCCCUCCGUCCGCAUUUCUCGGAGAUGGGGAGCUGAGGCCUCGGGGCCCGCAGGCCCUCUGCCGGGAGCCCGGGAAGCUCAGGGAAGGUGGACAGACUCAGACUGUCAGCGUUCACGGUUUCUCCCUGCCUGCCUCGUUCCUUUCCCAUGGACACGGCAGGCGCAGAACCAUCCACAGACUGUGACGCUGAGGCUGCUGAGACGGAACAGAUUCGCAAUGAAAGCAAACCAGCUGCUCUUUACAAUAUACAGCUUUCAAAACUCAGAAUCUCUUAGUGGGCAGAUGUGUACCUCUUCUCUACUCAUCACUGUCUUUCCUCCUAAAAGGUGGCUUGAACUGAGGUGUGCAUACAGAUGUGUACAUAUAUAAUGCCUCCUUGUGUAUGAGGGAAUGCUUGUUUGUUAUGUUGAGAUGCUGCCCUAGAGUUUAAGUAAGAGGACUGACAUAAUAAUAACCUAUUUUCUGGUUGGUGUCGGAGCAGGCACCGCUCGUAGAUGCAGCUGGUAUGAGCUCCAGCAGCAGACCAUCGUGUCUCUGUAAAUCACUUUAUUUAUUUUAUUGCAAACUUUAAGGUUAUUUAAGUGAAGAUGUUUCUUCUGUUCUGCAGAAAAUGCCAUACUGUUUUUGUGAGAUAACAUACUGGCUUUCAGUCACGUUCUAGACCCAGCAAGUUCCUGACCAAAGCGGGGAAGUCGGCCUCUUCCGUGCACUUUGGAAAGAAGGAGUUGCAUUGAUGACAAGUUCUUUAAACUCUCAUGCUUCCUUGUGAAACUUUGGCUAGAACCACUUCCCAGCCUUCCAAUGAGAAGCCAUUCUCCAUAGUGUAUAAAUGCUUCUGUGUAUCCUACCUCCUUAAAGAGACAAUUGGGAAGGAGCAGGCAUGAGAUGGAGAAGGUCAUGGGGAAAGAUGGAGCCUUUGAUGAUGGUUUUGUUUGCUGUGUUAAUGCUGUGUCCUGGGGUGUGGGGCAGUGACCUCAUUACCACCUUAGCAUUGGGACAGCACAACCUUGUAACCAUGAGUAUGAGGAAAUUUCUUUCUGUCCUUGGCCUGCAGUUUCUCUGUGUGUUUUGUGUUACUGUCAUGCUUGUUCUAGGGAAAAAAAGCAAAGGGAAACACAUUGUCCCCAGAGGUAAAGGCUGCUAUUUUGUUUUUUUUUUUUUUUGCUCUGGACUUAGGACGUGAAAAUCUUGGUGGCAGUCUAUGAAAGUCCAUAGCCUUUACUUGUCCUACAUAAUGUAUUUCCUCUUGAGACACCAUAAGCCUUUUUCCUUGAUGUCUCUCUUUAUAAUGUCUUUCUAAAGAUGUCUAAUAAACUUCAGUGUUU